CGGGCUUCUCAGCCCAGUUGUUUCCAGUCUUCUCGGCCGGCCGGUUCCAUCCACCAUCGGUCCAGCAUCAGAGGGAGGAGCGGAUCUCCGGUGAGGUCGAGGGAUGGCGAACGGCGGCGGAUACGGGUGGGCCCUCGCUGCGGGCUUCAACGCCGCGCUCGCCGCCAUCUCCGCCAAGUUCUUCGCUACUCUGCUGCUCAAAUAUGGUAUGGUGGUACUUUUCAACGUGACAAUGUGGGGGUGUUAUGUCAACAGCCUCAAAGCUUUGUCAUCCCUCCAGGCAACUGUCACAAACUUUGCUGCCAACUUCAUCUCGUCAGGGCUUGCAGGGUAUUUCCUGUUUCAUGAGCCCCUGCCUUCUAAGUGGUUUGCAGGUGCCAGUCUUAUCAUUCUUGGUGUUUUUAUCCUUAGCAAAUCAAGCAUAGAGGAGAAACAGAACACGGACUAGGAGGAAGAUUUGACCAUUAGUGUUAGCUGAAGCAUAAGCUGAAACUGCUUAUUCUUCUUGUAUUGUAUGUUCCCAUAGGAUGUUUGUCCAUCCCAAUGCAAUGAGAAAUCGGGCCAUGACCUUAUCAGUCGGUUAAUACAAUGUGCCUAUUAUGGUCUGCAAGGUCCCACUUGAGCUCAGCUCUUUCCCUAUUAGGAUGAAAGUCCAGCUCUUUACUAACUGAGAUGGUUCUUCUGCAUUGAGAUUUACCACUGCCAUUGUAUCAACAAUUAGUGUUAGCUGUAACAUAAGCUGAGCCUCUUGUUCUUCUUGUAUGUUUUUUGUCCAUCCCAAUGCAAAGAGAAAUUGGACCAUGACUUUUUCAGUCGGUUAAUACAAUGUGCCUAUUAUGGUCUGCAA